AAGACCCACAAAUUCGUGCACGUGAGGGAGAGCGUGAACGCGCCUAUGAGUGACGGCGCGUCGGACAGGAGAAGACGAGAAGAAAAAGAAGAAGAAAAGCUCGAAGAAGAGAGGACAAACAAAAAGAAGAAGAAGAGGAGUUAAAAAGGGGGGAAAAAAGUGCGGGAGGAGUUGAUCGCUACUUUUCCCCUCCAGCUGCGGACCGAACAGAACCGAAGAGGAAAGAGAAGAACAUGGACGCUUCAACUUUACUGCUCCUCUCCUUACACAUGACGGCCGCCCUCAAAGCGUGUCUUUUCGGUCACGGUCCGGACUGCAGUCUGGUCCAGUCAAAAGAAGACGACUUGGACUGGGAGCAAGGAGACCCUCAGGACAAAGCAGCUGGGGAGCCUUGGUUCCCUUCAGGCUCCUCCCCCUUCCUAUACGUGAACACGACGGGUCGCUACAGCGGUCAGCGGGCCCACCUGCUGCUCCCGCAGCUCAAGGAGAAUGACACCCACUGCAUCAACUUCAUGUUCUAUCAAGCGGCGGAGCGCGACGGAGCCACGGCCGCCACGCUCAAUGUCUACGUCAAAGAGAACAGCAGUCCUCUGGGUGUUCCUGUCUUUAACUCGUCUGGCCCCGCCCAACACACCUGGAGAGGGGUGGAGCUUGCUGUAUCCACCUUUUGGCCGAAUUACUACCAGGUGGUGUUUGAGGCAGUCAGCAGCGGGCACAGAGGGGGUGUGGCCAUCAGAGACAUCACACUGCAGGGACACCAGUGCAUGAGCACACCUCACUUCCUGCACAUCAAAGGCGUUGAGGUGAACGCGGGGCAGACGGCCAUGUUUGCGUGUACCGUCAACGGACGUCCCCAGAGCAACGUGCAACUCUUCCUGCAGGGUAUGAACGGUCGUCAAGCCGUGGUCAAGGAAACCAAGCCGGUCAACUCGCGGCGUUACGUGGCCACCUUUGACGUGGACAACACCACCAAAGGCGACUCUGGACGAUAUCGAUGCAUCGGCCAGUCGGAUCGUGGCGUGGGCGUCUCCUCCUAUGCUGACCUCACUGUCAAACAGCCGCCUGUCCCCAUCGCCCCCCCUCAACUAACAGCGGUAGGUGCCACCUACCUGUGGAUACAACUCAACGCCAACUCCAUCAACGGAGACGGUCCGAUUAUAGAGAGAGAGGUGGAAUACCGCACCAUGUCGGGCAUGUUGAUUGACACCACACCUGUGGAUAAGCCCACCCACAAGAUAGGACACCUGGACCCCGACACUGAGUACGAGAUCAGCGUUCUGCUCACCAGACCCCUGGAGGGAGGGACAGGGAACCCUGGGCCGCCUCUGAGGGCUCGGACAAAGUGCGCAGACCCGAUGCAUGGCCCACGUCACCUCCAGGUGGUGGACGUCCGUUCCAAAGAGGUGACUCUCCAAUGGGAACCUUUCGGCUACAGCGUGACCCGCUGUCACAGCUACAACCUAACAGUGCAGUAUCGCUACAAGCCGGCGGGGACCUCCGCCAGAGAUCCAACGAUGGAGGAAGUCCUGGAGGAAGUGGCGUAUGACUCGCGAGGUCUCCCGCCUCAACACACCGUGCGAAACCUGCCGCCCUUCACCAACGUUAGCAUGAAGCUCGUUCUCAGUAACCCCGAAGGACGCAAGGAGAGCGAGGAGCUGCUGGUGUUGACGGAUGAGGACGUUCCGGGAGCAGUUCCAUUGGAGUCCAUUGUGGGCAGCACCUAUGAGCAGCACAUCAGUGUGAGCUGGUCAGAACCGGUGCACACGUAUGGUCGCAUCCGAAAGUACGAGAUUUCUUUCAAAGCCCUGAGCUCGUUUGACUCGGACUUGGACCUGACUAAUCAGAGCGGGAAAGUUCUUAAAGAGGCAAAUGAGACAAGUCAUGUCUUCACCGGCCUUUUCCCUGGAUCUACUUACUCCUUCACAAUAAGAGCAUCCACCGUUAAAGGCUUCGGACCGCCAGUCGUCACUCAGUUCACCACCAAGAUCCAAGCUCCCGUAAUGCCCGCCUACGAGCUCCAGUCUCCUCUCAACCAGACCGAGUCCACCGUCACUGUCCUGCUAAGACCGGCGCGAAGCCGCGGCGCCCCCGUCAGUAAGUACCAAGUGGUAGUGGAGGAAGAGCGCCCCCGCAGGCAGAAGAGGGGCACUGCAGAGAUCUUACGCUGCUACCCGGUGCCCAUCCACUUCCAGAACGCCACGCUCCUCAAUUCGCAGUACUACUUCAGUGCCGAGUUACCCGUCAACCAGUUGAGGACGCCGGCGCCAUUUUGCAUCGGUGACAACGGGACAUACGGCGGCUUCUGGAACGCUCCUUUGCUGCCACAUAAGAGCUACGCCAUCUACUAUCAGGCUGUCAGUAGCGCUAACGGGGAGACAAAGAUUGACUGCGUCCGUGUGGCCACUAAAGCUGCUAUCAUCAGCACGCAGCUCAGCACGCCACACGCCGGCCUCGCCCCCGCGGCCGGUGACAAGCAGCUCGCAGGCGCUGCCACCAGGAAGCCCGAACCCGAUCAGGAAAAACAAUCGGACCACACGGUGAAGAUCGCCGGCGCCAUGGCGGGCGUCCUGCUCUUCAUCAUCAUCUUCCUCGGAGUUGUCCUGCUCAUGAAGAAACGGAAGCUGACAAAGAAAAGGAAGGAAACGCUAAGUUCCAGACAGGAAAUGACUCUGAUGGUCAACAAUUCACAGCACACAAUAGUGGACACACACAGUCACACACUGAAUGGACACUCAGUGUCGUCUGCGUCGUCCUUCACUAUGAAGACCAACAGCAGCACCAUUCCCAAGUCCUAUUAUCCAGACCCAUUUGUGCCGACCGCCAUCUUGGACGACAGCCACACCAUGACCAGCGAGACCAGCAGCCUGGUCCAGAACCACUUCAAGCAACGCGACCCGGACCGCGAGCCGCCGCCCUACCACACGGCACAGCUGCACCCCGCCAUACGGGUCGCCGACCUUCUGCAGCAUAUCACGCAAAUGAAAUGCGCUGAGGGUUACGGCUUUAAGGAGGAGUAUGAGAGUUUCUUCGAGGGUCAGUCGGCUCCGUGGGACUCGGCCAAAAAAGACGAGAACCGAAUGAAGAAUCGCUAUGGCAACAUCAUCGCCUACGACCACUCCCGCGUGCGUCUGCAGCCUCAAGAUGGAGAGAACGGCUCUGACUACAUCAAUGCCAACUACGUCGACGGAUACCACCGACCCAAUCACUACAUCGCCACUCAAGGUCCCAUGCAGGAGACCAUGUAUGACUUCUGGCGAAUGGUGUGGCAGGAGAAUACGGCCGCCAUCGUCAUGGUAACCAACCUGGUGGAGGUGGGGCGGGUGAAGUGUUGCAAGUACUGGCCCGACGACACCGAGAUUUACGGCGACACCAAAGUGACGCUCAUCGAAACCCAGCUGCUGUCCGAAUAUGUCAUUCGCACCUUCGCUGUGGAGAAGGUAACGCUAAUUAAACCGCUUAUGGGGGUGUGGUUUAAACAAAUCGCUUAUAAAGACUUUUUCGCUCAGAGGGGCGUCGCCGAGAUCCGAGAGAUCCGUCAGUUCCACUUCACCGGCUGGCCCGAUCACGGCGUUCCUCUUCACGCCACCGGUUUGCUCGGAUUCAUUCGUCGCGUCAAAGCCAAGACUCCGCCCACUGCCGGGCCCACUGUGGUGCACUGCAGUGCGGGGGCGGGACGCACAGGUUGUUUCAUCGUGAUUGACAUCAUGCUGGAUAUGGCGGAGCGAGAGGGCGUGGUGGACAUUUACAACUGCGUACGAGAGCUGCGAGCGCGAAGGGUUAAUAUGGUUCAGACUGAGGAACAGUAUGUCUUCAUCCAUGACGCCAUCUUGGAGGCGUGUCUCUGCGGCGACACAUCCAUCCCGGCCAAUCAGCUUCGCUCUGUUUACUACGACAUGAACCGACUGGACCCUCAGACUAACUCCAGCCCCAUCAAAGAGGAGUUCAGGACUCUCAACAUGGUGACGCCGACGCUUCGCGUGGAAGACUGCAGCAUCGCUUUGUUGCCGCGCAACCACGACAAGAACCGUUGCAUGGACGUUUUACCGCCGGAUCGCUGCCUGCCGUUUCUCAUCACGAUGGACGGGGAGAGCUCCAACUACAUCAACGCCGCCCUCAUGGAUAGCUACAAGCAGCCGUCCGCUUUCAUCGUUACCCAGCAUCCUUUGCCCAACACUGUCAAGGACUUCUGGCGACUGGUCCUGGACUACCACUGCACUGCUAUCGUCAUGCUCAAUGACGUCGACCCAGCACAGCUGUGUCCUCAGUACUGGCCCGAAAAUGGCGUCCACCGACUGGGCUCGUUACAGGUGGAGUUUGUAUCAGCUGACCUGGAGGAGGACGUCAUCAGCCGCAUCUUCAGAAUCUACAACAACGCCAGGCCACAGGACGGGUACCGCAUGGUCCAACAGUUCCAGUUCCUGGGUUGGCCCAUGUACCGCGACACGCCUGUCAACAAGCGCUCCUUUCUCAAGCUGCUCCACCUGGUGGACAAAUGGCAGGACGACUACGAUGGCGGCGACGGGCGCACCCUCGUGCACUGCCUGAAUGGCGGUGGCCGCAGUGGUGUGUUCUGCAGCGUCAACAUUGUGUGCGAGAUGUUACGACAACAACGUUGUGUUGAUGUUUUCCAUGCAGUUAAAACACUAAGGAACAACAAACCCAACAUGGUGGACCUCCUGGAACAAUACAAGUUUUGUUACGAAGUCGCUCUGGAGUAUUUGGCCUCCGCUUAAGCCACGACGCAGCUUCAUCCUCCCUAACCUCAUCAAGAUGAGGCGCACCACUACUGACGAUGACAAAGGAGGAAAUGGAGGACUAUGGUUUUGCACUGUCUUGGUUGACCAACUGCAAGCAUGGACACACACACACAUAUCCACACACACACACAUAUACAUUCAGUGUGUGUCAUUUCUGUCUUUGUUGUGUUUUAUGCUGACGCAUCCUCGUGGGUUUGCAUUUUCACAUCCGAGUGGAGCAUUCAUGCAAACUUCCUGACUUUCCCAAAGUCCUUCCCUGUUUGUCCGAAUGAUGUAAAUGUUCUCAGCACUCAUGAUGAGAAAGAAAAGUGAAGUUAUUCAUUCAUAUGUGCAUUAAAGCAACAUGUGGUGCGAUCAAGAUGGCACUUGGACGUGACAGGGCGAGGUCUUUCUGUUGUCCUGACGACACAAUGUGUCAAAUAAGACAACACUUUUUUUUUGUUUUUUUUUAUAGUUAAAAAAAAUGCCAAAAGUUGUCCAUGUAUGAAUUUAUUGAUGUCAAAUUUUGGGGGGCAAAGGCAGAGAGAUGAUAUUGUCCUCUGAAAGAAGACCAUUGAACGAUGUUCAUUUUGUACAUAGAAAUGCAGCAAGCACACUAUUUAUUAUUCCUGGUCAAUGUUGUCGUUCUUAUGAAGCAUGCGGAGAUAAGGGUGGCAUCCUGUGACGAUCUCAGUGAGAGUUGUGGCGUGAUGUCGCCAUGACACGGCAGCAAGUCUCUGGUGCCAAUUUGAAAUGUAUUUAUUUUGAAAACUUGUAUUUGUGUUGUUUGAUCUAUAACUACCACAAAUAAAAAUGAACAAACAAUGUG